CUGCUGGCAGUUGGGUUCUUAACAACUUGGCUUUCGGACUGUGAACAAGGUCAAUGCAAGAGGCAGGCUGAACAACACAACACAAGAAGUCUCUGCUGAACGAGGGAUGUUCAAUUUGACGAAAAUGCCCAGUUCUGGUGAUAAGAGUAGGAUCCAGUCCCAAUUCACCAGUGGCUCCAACGACAUAUGCGCCAAGAGAAAUGUCACGAUUCGUCUUCGGGACAUUUACGAUCCCAAGCCUUCUCCCAAAGCUCCGGUUCGGAUUCGCCCUCCAGGUCCAAGACCUCCAUCAGUGAAGGAACUCAAUUUAAAGCAAAGCUCGGCAGGUGAUCCUCCAACCAAGACCAUCAUGAGGAGGCGAGCUCAGUCUCUUCCUUCCUCUGCAGGAAGGAAAAAGGAAAUUCGAAGCCUGCAGGUACGCUUUGUUGACUCUUUGGGCCUCGAGUUAGAGGAUGUUAAAGUCUUCAAAGUUCAAGAGGAGCCACUGAUACCCCAACAUGUCAUGUUCAGACUACUGAUGAGCUCAGAGCUGGCUUUCGGGAAGUCAUUAGAACUUUCUCUGCCUUACUUCAAACCUUGUUUCCCUGAAGAUAUGAGCACUCAAGCUGACUUUUAUAACCGUCUUUGCUCUCAGAGUGUGUGUCUGGAGCAGGUUUCAUGUUCAGAGCAGGGGAUAACAGGCACUAUACAAGUAAUUAAUUUAGCUUAUGAGAAGGAAGUCACAGUGCAAUACUCUUUCACCAACUGGAGAACACACACAGACACAACGGCAACCUGGGUGUCAAGCGGGAACCAUGAGAAACACAAAGCUCCAGAAAACGAUAUCUUCAGAUUUCGUCUGCCUGUCCCACCCUUUAUUUUGCAGCCAGGAGCCAUGUUAGAAUUUGCCAUCUGCUACCGUGUUAAAGGACGUAAUCAUUGGGACAAUAACAAUGGACAUAAUUACAAACUGUCCUGCCACAGUUACAACGUGACUGUGCCGAGGGAGUGUGAAGACAGCAUGCUGCAUUUCACCUGAACAUCCACAUGGUGGUGCUGUUACACCUGCACAUAAAUACUAUGGGGGAGAGAACAAGCAAAACAACUUUACAGUAACUACGUUUCCCUUUACUUUUAACAAGCAGAGGUGAAAUGUCAUUUUGAAAAUGUAGUACACCUUUUCAGUACUUUUCCACUUUAUACUGUAUUUUUAUUUCACUAUAGUUCAGAGGCAUGUAUUGCACUUUCUCUACAUUAUCAGUGAACAACUGUGAUUACAUUUCAGAUUAACAUGUAUGGUCAGUUUAAACAACAAUGUAACUACAGUAAAUGCGUAACAACCUAAUGUAUAACACAGCUUAAAUUAUGCUUACAUCUUAUAGUGGAUAACGAUAUUACACUGACCUGUUGCAUAAUACUUGUAAUCCAGUAUUGUGUUUACUUUAGCCAAGGAUUUAGUACUAGAUGUUCUAUCCGUGAUCAACUUGAAUUGACAAUAGUAGUUGCAGAGGGUCAUUAGGUGACAUUUGAAUAUACUUCUAAAACUAAUUACACAACUUUUUUAAAAAAAUGCAUCUACAAGAAAAUUAACAGUGGUUUUACGAUCAAGUAAAUUCUAUUCUUAAUUACAAAUCUGCAUCUUAUAGAUUAUUGAAGUUUGAUAUAAUACAUUGGUGUUCAUAAUGUGAAAUAUAAAAACUUGUCAGCUUCCCUACAUGUUUGUACUUCAGCCAUAGGGGUGUGCCAACAAGUCAUGCAUUUAGCACUUCCACUAUAGGCAAAACAUACCACUAAGCUGGGGACUGGGUAAUAUUUAGAGAAAUUAACUCUUUUAUAAUCAUCAACGAUUUAAUUAUUAAACCAUUAAUUUACAGGAAAAAGAAAGAAAUUCUAACAUCAUUAUGAAAGGGAACCACAAUGUUGCACAAGUUCCCAAAAUGUAGCUCAAAAGCAACACCCUUUUGGUUUAUAACGCUGGCUUUCUGAUUACAUUUGAACAUCUCUAGCCGGAGCCGAGAUAACCCCUUUAUAAAAAUGAGAGUAUUUAUGUUCUCCUACUGGGCUUUUAUUCAGAUUAAAUCUCUGCCACCUUUGAGAAUCUGCUCACUCUGCACUUCUGGUGACCCACUUUCAUAAUAGACAGUGUUAUUAUUGUUGUAUCUUAAUAGCAAGUUUUCUCCAGGUGACAAAACCUAUUUUUUCAUACAUAGAAACAACUUUGUAGUCACUGUAUUCUCUGCUAUGAACAAGGCUUGACCCCAUUCUUCUGGAGCUGGUUUUGUUUUUGGAGGAUUACAGUGUUUGCUCCUCUGUUACACUGCGACCCGCUCCCUCAGAUCCCCGACAGCGCUGACCUUUCAACAAAAAAGUUUCCACUGACAUGAGAGGCCAGAUUCCUUUUGACUUUUUGGCAGCAGUGUUUGGCUCAUGGGAGGACAUUCUUCCAGUAGCAUGCCGCGGCUGGAUGGCAUGCUUUAAACAUGAUCGCAGCUUCUGAACAGCCAAAACAUUACUGCGCAUGACGAGACUCUUAAAAAAAUCUGUGAAAAGGCAGGCACAGAAGUUGAACAUUGCUGAAAUGUAAAUAAACAUGUCUGUAUAUAAAUGAAGCUAUAUCUGA